GCUCCGCCCUUCCUCCCACCCUCCACUCCCUCGCCACCACCCCCUCUGCUCUGCCCAACGGGUCGGAGACGGAGGCGGCCCCACCGCCCUGAGCUCCUCUCAACCGCCAAUGGACGCCGCCGGGCCGGCAUCGGCAUCGGCCGCCGCUGCCGACGCCGGUGGCGGCGCCCCGGCUGACGGCGGCGACAGGAACGCCCUCCUCGGCAUGCCGGUUCCCGUCGCGGCGGGCGCCGCCGCCGCCCUGGCCGCGCUCAUCGUCCUCGCCGCGGUGGCCGCCGCCGUGUACUUCGCGCGCCGGCGGGGCGCCAGGCCGCCCUCGCUGUCGCGCGUCGAGCACGCGCCGUCCUCCACCUCGGGCUCGGGCUCCUCCCGCCCGGCGUCGUCCGCGCGCAAGGACAAGGCCGGCGGCGCGGAUCGUGCCGCGGGUACGGGCGCGGGCGCCAGCUCCUCCGACGUGGCCAGCUCGUCCGCGGCCGCGAGCUCGCUCGAGUCGCCGGUGAAGAGGAAGCCGGAGGCGGUCAGGGUCGUCGCCGGCGGGGCCGCGGCGGGGGUGGAGAUGGGGUGGGGGAGGUGGUACGAGCUUGCGGAGCUGGAGGUCGCCACGGGCGGGUUCUGCGCUGAGAACGUGGUCGGGGAGGGAGGCUACGGCACGGUGUACCGCGGCGUGCUCGCCGGCGGGGAGGUUGUCGCGGUCAAGGACUUGUUUGAUCACAAGGGUCAGGCCGAGAAGGAGUUCAAGGUGGAGGUGGAAGCCAUAGGCAAAGUGAGGCACAAGCACCUCGUCGGGCUCAUCGGUUACUGCGCAGAAGGGCCUAAAAGGAUGCUCCUGUACGAGUUCGUCGAGAACGGCAACUUGGAGCAGUGGCUGCACGGCGACGUCGGUCCUGUCAGCCCGUUGACGUGGGACAUUCGGAUGAAAAUCGCCAUCGGAACGGCCAAAGGCAUCGCGUACCUGCACGAAGGCCUGGAGCCCAAGGUGGUGCACCGCGACAUCAAGUCGAGCAACAUCCUGCUGGACAAGAAGUGGAACCCCAAGGUGUCGGACUUCGGCAUGGCCAAGGUCCUGGGCUCCGGCUCCAGCUACGUGACGACCCGGGUGAUGGGCACGUUCGGGUACGUGGCCCCCGAGUACGCCUCGACGGGGAUGCUGAACGAGAGCAGCGACGUCUACAGCUUCGGCGUGCUGCUGAUGGAGCUCGUCUCCGGGCGCAGCCCCGUCGACUACAACCGCCCCGCCGGCGAGGUGAACCUGGUCGAGUGGUUCCGGGGCAUGGUGGGCGGCCGCCGCGUGGAGGACCUCGUGGACCCGCGCGUCGCCGCUCCGCCGCCGCCAAGGGUGCUCAACCGGGUGCUCCUCGUCUGCCUCCGCUGCAUCGACGCCGACGCCCACAAGCGGCCACGGAUGGGGCAGAUCGUGCACAUGCUCGAGGGCGACGAGUUCCCCUUCCGCACGGAACACCGCUCGCCGCGGGCGUCUCACCGGACGUCGACGGGCACGCGGCCGUCGCUCCUGUCGGAGAACGUCGCGGCCGCCGACGACUCGGACAAGUCGAUGUGGAGAUGAGGGAUCGGAGCUGCAAGCAACCACGCACGCACCCACCUGACGCGGCGUACGUGCGAGGAGCUGGAGCUGGACUGACUUUUUCACCGGGUGUAAAUUUUUGUUGUUUAUUUACAGCGGGGAUGACAGGGGUUUAAUCUGUGAUGCUGCCCGCUAAGGUUUGAUGGCGUUUGCCCUAAUGUAUGGUUUGCCACGGGGUUGAUAAAAUUUUUUCAUGCUGUUGUUACCA